AUGAGUAUUCAGGUCGUUCAACGUGUACAAAUACCUUCAGGUGCCGCUUCCACUACCUAUUAUAUUCAAAAUCGUGCACCACUUCAACCAGUUCCAUUUCAAAAACUACCACCAGGUGCAGUGAAGGCUAAUGGUUGGUUACUUGGUCAAUUAAAAUUACAAAUCAAUGGUUUAAAUGGAAAACUUUAUGAAAUAUCGGAUUAUCUUAAUUAUGAUAAUUGUGGUUGGAUUGAUCCAACAAAAACAGCAUGGGAAGAAAUGCCGUACUGGUUACGAGGUUUUGCUGAACUUGGUUUUGUUACUGGUGAUCCAGACGUCUUAGCAAUAACUAAGCGUUGGAUGGAUGGAGUUCUAAGUACUCAACAACCGGAUGGAUGGUUUGGUCCAAAUUAUAUGCGUACAUCACUUGAUGGUGUUCCUGAUUUAUGGCCUGCAAUGUUAUUUUCAAAUAUGUUUCGUUCGUUGUAUGAAUAUACAAAUGAUGCACGUGUUAUUCCAUUCCUUUUAAAAUGGUUUCAAUUUGUAGCAAAAGCUCCAGAUGAUUCAUUUAAUCGUGGUUGGGGUGCUACUCGAUGGGCAGAAGAUCUUGCUAAUAUUAUUUGGUUAUAUAAUCGAACAACUGAUUCUGAUUGGUUGCUUGAUUUAAUGAACAGAAUUCAUAAAAUAACAGUUGAUUGGGUUUAUACGACACCAACAUUACAUAAUGUGAAUUUUGCUCAAGGAUUUCGUGAACCAGCAUUUUAUUCAUUAGUUGUUAAUCCACCUAAUCCUGCAUUAGUUCAAGUUACUUAUGAUAGAUACCAAGAGCUUGUUUAUCAGUUUGGUCAAUUUCCAGGUGGAGGUGUUGCUGGCGAUGAAGGUUGUCGUUAUGGUUAUACAGAUCCUCGACAAGGUCUUGAAACAUGUGGUUUUGCUGAAUUUAUGCAUAGCUUUCAAAUGCUUAUGCGAGUUACAGGUGAUGGUUAUUGGAUUGAUCGAUGUGAAACAAUAGGAUUUAAUUCAUUUCCAGCAGCAUUUGAUCCAUUUGUUGCACGUGGAACACAUUAUAUAACUUGUGUAAAUUCUAUUCAACUUGAUGAUCAAACAAAAAGUGCUUUUGCUGAUAAUUGGUUUCCUUUACUUGCUUAUAAACCAGGUGUUCAUCAAUAUCGUUGUUGUCCACAUAAUUAUGGUAUUGGAUGGCCAUAUUAUACUGAAGAAGCAUGGUUAGCAACGUACGAUGGUGGUCUAUGUGCUUCAUUAUAUGUUCCAUGUCAAGUAACAGCAUUUGUUGGUGUUAAUACUGAGACGCCAAUAACAAUUAUUGAAGAAACAAAUUAUCCGUUUGAUGAAAAUAUUCAAUUUCAUCUUCAGUUAUCAACACCGACACAAUUUAAACUUUAUUUACGUAUACCAGAUUGGUGUAAUAAACCACCAACAGUUACCAUCAAUGGACGAAUUGUAUUUAAUCAAAAAACACCAGAUAACGGUUCAUUUAUUAUUAUCAAUCGUGUUUGGACAAAUGAUGAUAUUGUUAAAUUAACAUUACCAUUAGAAUUGACAACAAAAACAUGGAAAAAUAAUAAAAAUUCAGUUUCGAUUCAUUAUGGUCCUUUAGCAUUUUCAUUAGCUAUCAAUGAGCAAUAUAAUCGUAUUGGUGGAACAAAUGAAUGGCCAGAAUAUGAAGUUAUAGCAAAAUCAAAUUGGAAUUAUGGUUUACUUUUAUCAAGUAGCAAUGAAUGGAAAAUAAAACGAAAAACAAGAAAAAAUAAUUCAGAAAAUAUAUUUACUCAAGAAAACAUUCCAUUAAAUAUAGAAGCUCGAGCACGUCGUAUUCCAGAAUGGAUAGCAGAUCAAGAAAAUGUUGUAGGAAUAUUACCACAAUCACCAGUUCAAAGCAAAGAAACAGACGAAUCAGUUACAUUAAUACCGAUGGGUGCUGCACGACUUCGUAUUACUGCAUUUCCUACAAUUGCUCAAUGA